AUGUCUAAUACAUCACCCAAAGAACCAAAGUUCCCCGAUCUCUCUCAAAUCGGCCUUGCGUUUGCUCAGGCAAUUACCUUCAUCAACUACCAGCCAUGCCCUGAUUUAGAUGAAAACGCUCGCCAGUGGCUUCUCAAGGCGGGGACGGGUAUGAUGGCCAACUUAAAGUCCGAACUAGACAAACUCAAAAAAAACAAAAAUAACCACAUCGACCUUCCCGCAUGGGCAUUGAACCCCGAAAAAGAAUUGAUCAUCUACAGUUUUCAGAUCCCAUACAUCCUAAUUGUGUACAAGGAUCAGUUCGAGACAUGUUUGGCAAACCUAUUAGAGGCCUGCGGUUUUGAUCCCAAACCGCUCCGUUGCUAUGGCUCUGUAGCUUUGAAAAUUAGGUUUCGUGAGGCCGGCUUAAGGAGACCUACAGAAGCUCAUAAACCCAAGGAGCUCUGUUCCGACAUGAAUGAAAAGAGGAAACCGAUCGAAUCAGUUAAGCAGUAUCCUCCUCCUCCCUCCAGGGCGUCUCCUCAAUCGUGA